GCAAGCCAAGUCUGAGCUGGAUCCAGGUGGGAAAGACAGCUUGACCUUGACGCCGCUCCGUAUCGACUACCCACCGCCGCCGCUCCUUCCGAGAUCUACGACCGAGCAUUCGCAAAUCCCGCCUUCGUAUCCGCUGGGAAUUCGAAGAUCCAGACCGAGAUUUAACUGUCGCAUAUCCUCGGAAAACAAUCCACCCCUCUCUUGCAAAGAUGGCGCCAGCAGCAAAGACAAGCUCCGGCAAGGAUUUGUACUCGGUCAUCCUGCCGACCUUUAACGAGCGCCAGAACCUGCCCAUCGUCACCUGGCUAUUGAACAAGACGUUCACAGAAAACAACAUCAACUGGGAGCUCAUCAUUGUCGACGACGGUUCCCCUGACGGCACACAAGAUGUCGCCAAGCAGCUCGUCGAGGUGUUCAAGCCGCAUGUCGUCCUCCAGACCAGGACAGGCAAGCUCGGUCUCGGCACAGCAUACGUCCACGGUCUUCAGUUCGCCAAGGGCAAUUACAUUAUAAUCAUGGACGCCGACUUCUCCCACCACCCCAAGUUCAUACCGCAGAUGAUCGAGAGGCAGAAAUCGGCCGACUACGACAUCGUCACGGGCACACGGUACGCCCCAGGAGGCGGCGUGCACGGCUGGGACCUCAAGAGGCGCAUGACGUCCAAGGGCGCCAACAUCCUGGCCGACACCCUGCUGCGGCCGGGCGUCAGCGACCUGACGGGCUCGUUCCGCCUGUACAAGCGCAAUGUGCUCGAGAAGCUGUUUGAGACCACCGACGUGCGCGGCUUCAGCAUGCAGAUGGCCCUUGCCGUCACGGCCAAGGCCAUGGGCUACUCGAUCGCCGAGGUCCCCAUCACGUUUGUCGACCGCGUCUACGGAGACAGCAAGCUGGGCGGGGAAGAGAUUGUCGAGUAUGCCAAGGGAGUCUUUUCGCUCUGGGCUAGGGUGUGAGGGGGAGGAUGAUGUAGCGGUGGGUGAGGGAGUUGGGCCAGACGCGGGAGAGGCCGGGCAGCGGUGCAUGAUACGGGUCCAUCCAGGGCGAACUUCGCUUUUUCAGCUGGGCUUUCCCUAUUUCGAGCGGAUUAAUGCGUGGAGUCUCUGGGUGUGCUACUUGAUAUCCCAGGCCGAAGGAACAGGUACAAGAUGAUAUCGACAGAAUACCCCAGAUUUUAAUGAUUCACUUUUCUUUUCCUUCUUUUUUUCGCAACUGACGUGGAAUUCGAACAGCAACAUCCAAGUUGAAAAAAAAGCCUGCUGCCAGCCCGGGCAUUUUGAGUUAACAAUACUUGUUCGUGGUCCCAAUGAUGUUGUUCUUCUGGUUGAAAGCAUAUCAAAUAACGGUACAGGAAACCUGUUUUGUAUUUAGGGGAGUCAUGUGAUCGAUAAGAUAACGCUAUUGCCCCUCAUGGCUGCUAAGCCC